AUGGAGAGAGAAAAAUCACUCCAAAGCAGUUCUUUUGAAAAAAGAGACAUCAUCGCGUUAGCGAGCAAGAAGCUGAAACGCAUGGACACGGCCACCCCACUGCUGCUCGGCCCGGGGGCUGUGAGACCCCCCACGCAGAGCAGCUCCCGCUUCGGCAACCUCAGCCACCGCUCCUUCUUCUCGCGCCACAACCCCCACCCGCACCGGGUGACCCACAUCGCGGGUGCGUUGUCAGAGGCCUGGAGGGAAGAACUGAGGGAACUCACCGCCAGAGUUGAGGCUUUCUCUCCCGCUGAAACGGCAAAGGAGGAGGCAGCAACUCAGGAAAAGGCCCAGCGGCCCCAGCGAGUGACCCAGCACUCAGCGGAGACCGGGCGGCUCAUCCCACCUCCCUCGCGUGCCACCGCUCGACACUCAUCCCGCCAGCUGCACCGCAAGAGCGCCAAGACCGAAGGGAAGCAAGCUGCCCUCUCCUGCCAGGACCAAGAGCUCGCAGUUUUGGAGCUGCUGUGUCAGAUCCUGCAGACAUACUCCUUGAUGGCAGUUCAGCAGUGGCUGCUCACAGCUGGGCCGAGGGAGAAGGACAUUGCCGUGGGCUUGUUGCAGGCUACAACUGCCACCCUCCAGCUGGAGCUGCAGGUCCUGAGCACGGGCACGGGGGACAGCGCGGGGUCCCAGGCAUCCCAGAGCACAGCGGGCAUCUCCUCCGGGGGCCAGCGCAGCGGGAGGAACCAGCCAGGCAGAUACUCCCAGCGACAGAAGCAAGAACCAGUUCCACAGGAAGAGAAACCAGGUACAAAUAGGCCUUAA